UUUGAGGUUAGAAGUGCUGUUUCGUGUCAAUAAACAAACAAAUAAGAUGGAUUUUAGGAUAAUAAGCAAUUUCCUUCUUGUUUCAGCGUUAAUUGUGUCCAAUUUACCUAAGAAUGACUGCAAGAUUCAUGAACUCAAAGUCAAAAAUGAUGACCGAUCGUACAUAUCUGUGAGUACCUUUGGAUUUUUCAAAGGAGGAGGCCUAGAUGUCAAACUACGACAGUUUCAUCCUGAACCAUUAAAUUCAAAUGAUGUUUAUGGAUUUAGCAUCGAUCGCACCAUGAGCGACGCAGUGAAUCCGUACCUGGACACUCAUCAAGAAAAGUGUUUGCUGAAAGAUACGAAUUACUUUAUGGCCUCCAAUCUUGCCGUCGUUUAUCUUGAGAUGAAUCUUAAGACAAAGACGUUGAUAGUAAAAUGUAACAAAAAUAUGGAGUCUUUGUACAUCUUCCCAAAUAAAGAAGCUGUGACGCGCUAUGCAGUGCCUACGCAACCUGCAAAACAGGAUGACGAUCCGUUUCCGCAUGAAGAUAGCUCAGAAUGGAAAGCAGGAGAUUCGGAUGAUCUAGCUGAAGGACAACGAAUCUUCAAAGACGUGAAAUGCUCUCAAGAGCUGCCGAUCGACGUGGACGAAACAGGACAAUACUUCAACACGACCUUCACGGCGAUCAUCCCGUCGGAGAAGGAAGAGGGCCUGUAUCACCUUUUCUUCCACAACUGCCGCAACUACCAAGUCCUUUUCUCCGAGCCCAAGGUGCGGCUCAACUUCGUCAUGGAAAUCGAGGAAAGGAACGUGCUCAACUACCUGUCGGCCGGCGAACAGCCUCUGCCCACCCUCUACUUCAGCAUGUCCAUGAUAUUCUUCUUCUUCGGCUGCCUCUGGAUGCACACACUUCUCUUGAGUCGGCAUCCUGUUUUCAAAAUCCAUUAUCUGAUGGCGAGUCUCAUUUUUCUCAAGUCAUUAUCGCUUUUGUUCCACGGGAUCAACUAUCAUUUCAUCGAAGCCAGAGGAGAACGUGUCGCUUCGUGGGCAAUCAUGUUUUACAUCAUUCACUUAUUGAAAGGUUUGGUUUUGAUCAUUACGAUUUUACUCGUCGGCACUGGGUGGACCUUCAUCAAGUACAUUCUUUCCGACAAGGAAAAGAAAAUAUUCAUGUUUGCCAUUCCACUUCAAGUUCUCGCAAACAUUGCUUACAUCAUCGUAGACGAAUCGGAAGAAGGGGAUAUCGAAUAUAGAAACUGGUCAGAUAUUUUCCAGCUGGUUGACCUCUUUUGCUGCGGCGCCAUCUUAUUCCCAGUAGUCUGGUCCAUCCGGCAUCUGCAAGAAGCAUCGCUAACUGAUGGGAAAGCAGCCAUCAACCUCCGGAAGCUGAAACUUUUCAGGCAUUUCUACAUUAUGAUAGUGUGCUAUGUCUAUUUCACAAGAAUCAUAGUUUAUUUAUUAAAAAUUACAGUGCCUUUCCAGUAUGAAUGGCUGUAUGAGCUGUUUAACGAGGGAACUGUCCUCAUAUUUUUCAUCCUGAGUGGCUACAAGUUCCGACCAGCCUCUGCUAAUCCUUAUUUUCAAGUCAGUUUAGACGAUGAUGAUGAAGAUAUGGAUAUAGUGAUCAGUCAAUGCGGGGUCACCGAAGGACUCACAAAACUAUCCAGGACCAUCAACGACGACGAGAAAGACACAUCAUCGUUACUCCUCUCAAAGCGCGAAAGCAGUCACGAGUACGAUUAGACACAAAAAGCAUCUACGAUCAUCUUGUCUCCCUUCUGACAAAAGAAUGUAACUUUACUACGGCCGUGAUGAAUCCUGUUGUCCAAGUUGCCAGGUUGUGCAAUUAAACUUCGAUAUUUUCCCAGCACAGUCUGGCAAAAUUGCAGAUCAUACAAUUCAAUGUUUUCCCAGGCUCAUCCGGAAGUGUAGUUAUGCCCUUUUGUCAGUUUAGCAAGGAUCUGUCACUCCUGCAUUCCAUGCUCAGUUUUGACGAAAGCACAUUGUAUCCCCAGGAAGCGUACGUCUCGGGGAAUAUUCCUAGCUCCUGUGUCUCAGAGCAUGGACAUCGCAACUUGGGGUUCCGAUUCGCGAUUUUUCUCGAACCUCUGAACUUCUAGUUUCAAGGUGGCCAAGAUCAGGGAGAAUCGAGGAUUUGGGGGAAAUUUAUGUCUGGAAAAAUGGAUGAAAAUUAGGAGAAAUGUAGUGGAUAAGAAGAAGCAGGAACGUCAAAAAAAAUCGAGAAAAAUUAGAGAACACUGAAAUAGAAUCAGGAAAGAAAAGGAGUAGUCUGAGGAAAGGAAAGAGGUUCAUGGAAUGGAGAGAAGUUAGGAAAAUGUAAACGUCGAAGACAAUAGGGGAUGAAUGGUUUAAAAUUCAGGAGAAACAAAAGAUGUAGGAAAGUGAGGGAAAACUUUGAGAUUUCAUGGGAAGAGAAGGAAUCUCAGUGAAAAUUGUGGCCAAUCAUUGGAAACGAGAAAUAGCCAGAUCUCAUGAAAGAAAAUCAGGGAAAAAGCAGAGGGAGACCAGAGAAAAUGGUGAAAAGUCAAGGAAUAUGGAAAAAGUCAGAGAGAACUGAAAGAAAUCAGGGAUGACACCCUAGAAAAAAGGAUUUUAGGAAGUCGUGGACAGAGAUGCAUAAUUAAAUUUCUUUGCCGUGAAAUGCCAGCAAUUUUUAAAGGGCUGGAUAUGCAAUUGGCAGUACAGUAGAGCCCGCAUAUAACGAAGUUCACGAUUUUCAGAAAAACUCGUCAUAUCCGGAACUUCGUUAAAAGCGAGUUCACUGUAUACGGGCUCCACUGUAGUUAUCUGAAAAUUCGAUUUAAAACUUUGGCAUUUGACUCAUGAUAUUUUUUUUUUCAAAAUCAACAUUUUACUUUGUCUGUGCGUUUUAUAGUAUGCUGAAUCCAUAGUGCAAGUUUUAAAGAAUUUCAUCUUAUAAAGUUAUGUGAUAUUUUGUAUCUACGGCCAUGGAGGACAAACAAAGCCAGGGAAAAAGUGAAAAGAAUUCGAAAAAACGAAUGUGAGAGAGAAGAAGAAGGAAUAAUUCAGGGAAGGGAGAAGAAAUUCAGGAACAAGAGAAGAAAUUGAGGAAAAACUGAGAAAUUCAGGGGAAGUAGUAAAAAUUCAGAGAAAACAAGAAAAAUUCACAGAGAACAAAGAGAAUCGAGGGAAUAUAGAAAAGAGUCACCAAAAACAACUCGCCUCUAGAGAACCAGGAUAAGUCUGAGAAUUCUGUCUACUGUGGCCACCUUGCAACUGAAUCACAAAAGCGGAGGAUAUUCCUAAUUCGUAUUAUGUCCAUAAAAUAAUCAAGGUUUCCAAGUUAUGCAAUAAAAUGAGGACAGUUUACACAAUUUAAAUGGGGAACUUGAUCUAGAACUUUCUGGCAGCAAUGCCAAUCAUUGGAACCUCUUAAUAUGUGAGCACUUUAAUUUGUUUGAUUGUAUUUUCCUUAAGCUGUUACUUCAUGCACAAGUCAUUUCUCUACGUAGAAUUUUUGUUUUAUGAAAAUGAUCGCAGCCUAGUUCUUGCCAGUAUCAUCAACUGUUAAAUUAGGGCUUUGAAAAAGUCUGAAAAAAAGUUUCAAAACGUACGUUUUGGGAAACCCUUCUUUUUCUUUUUUAAGUUGAAUGGACUACUAGACAAGGUAUGAAUUUAAGCAUUCUUAUAUGUGUAUUCUCUUCAAACCCGCAGAACAUGAUUUACGCAAUAAAAAUUACUAGAAUCGACUCCCAGCUAAGACAUCAACAAUUUUAUUUAGCACUAGUUACGAAAAUCAAAAUUCCCCCCUCCUAAGAAAAACAAAAGUCCACAUGAAUCAAAUUGCGCAACUUGUAACAGUUGAGCUGAAGCACGGAGAUUGAGGUUAAGUUACUUUCGUAUUGUAGAGAACUUCACGGCAAUGUUUAGUGUGCAGUUUAACUCAAGUAGAUUACAUUUUCUUCUAUCAGAGGGAAGUUUGACUUUAUGAAUUGAAAAACGUAAAUGUCUUUAUUGGGAGGUACUUUCAGUCGUUUUCGUGGUAAAAAUCGGGUUUCACGUCAAAUUUUAAUGGGGAUUCAUGUGUCAUACCUAAUGCUUAAAGUUGUGCCUUAUCGUCUACCGGUCCCUUAUGAAGCAAGAAGAACAAAAUUCGAAGAAUAAUUUGUAUUUACUCGUAAAAUAAAAGUAUAUUUUGAGGCAUAUUAAUUGAGGAAAAACGACCUUAUCAUUUUCUUCUUUUUCUGUCUCUCUUUUUGUAUCAAAUUUCUCAUUGUGUGUCAAUUUUUAACGACCAUCUUUUCAAUGCAUCGAUAGAUGUGUUUGUAUGCUUUGUUAUGUAAAUAUUUUCUUUCCUUUCUUAAGGCCUCCAAGUGAGGAUUUUUUUAUUUCCACGAACUUUCUCUGUAUUUUAGACCAUUUAUUCCUUCUUUUUAUUUUUCUGAAAAUCCUAGGGUCUAAUUUUGUCAAUUGAAGGUUCAAUAUUUAUAUUUUAUUGCAUUUAAAGGUUACUAAAUUGGACAAAUUUAAAACGAUCCAGCAUAGCUGUCAUCUUUUUUUUCUUUUCUUUUUUUCAGAGAACUAAACCAUUCAACGCUUUCAAACUUCAAGUGACUUUACCUUUGUUUAUGAAGGGUACACUCUCAAAAUUUCCGGUUUCAGUGUUGCCUGGAUUUGGGGUCAAAAAAUAAAAAAUCAGAGUACAAUAGGCAUCGUCUGAUCCAGCUAGGCUCAUCCUUGUUCAAUUUGUCCAAUUAGUAUGAACAAGAAUAUUUUUAUUACCUUAAAAGAAUAGUCAAUUUUUGCUGAAGUGCUGUGCAAAUUCGUACAUACUACAUAAAAUUAUUCGAGUAUGUGAUCAUUCGUUCGAAGAAUGGAGACUUCUUCACUCUGUUAAUGGCAACCAAUUAUCUGGUGUUCAUAGAUUGGAUCGAUGAAGAUAUUUGUCUUUUAUGUGUCUCUUUAUUUUCUAGUCCAGUUAUAAAAAAUUAUUUAAGUGAAUUUAAUAAUGAAAUGGAAGAAAUUUUUUAAUUUAAAGUUGUGUGCGAAUAUCUAAUUUUGAUUGAGAAACUUUACUUUCAAAAGCUGGAGGUGCUCACAACGUUGUAAAGAACAUCCCGUCAAAUAAAAGACUUUCAUUUGGCACCAAAAUGUACAAUUUUCCACACAACCUGUUAGGGGAAUACUUGUCAAAUUAUAAAG